ACUGCUCUUGAACACCCUCCUCCCUGAACGUUCAAAUGUAUGGCGGACAGAGAUGGCGGAGGUGAGUUACUCAACAUUGGGGCGUCGUUGUUGAAAAACGUCAGUGAAGCUUCACUCACAAUCUGUGGAAAAUGUUUACGAUAUUUCUGAUUUAGCAAUAGGGUUGUCAUUAUUCUUGACACACAUUAUUAUUAAAAUAUAAAAGAAAAAGUUGAGCAAUUGGCAUGAGCAAUUCGUAAUCAAUAGCAGGGCUCUUCCUUGUUUGGUAACAGUGUGGGGUUGUAAAUCUUGGUAUGUUUGUUACAUAUUCACUUUUUACGCUACCGUAUUUUCAAAAGACACUUGAAACUGUGAGGCUACUCCAAUGCAGCAGCCCGGACAGAAAGUUAUAAACAGAACAAAUAUUGUUCAAAGCCAGCUGAAAAGUAAAGACUCUCUGAGUCUGUCAACUUCUCCUAUAAACAAGGAUUAUAGCCGAUCAUAAUAAAAAGUUUAAACAUUUAUUGGACCUGAUAUAGACUGGCCGAUGAAAACUGGACGACAAAAAUAGUGUUAUCUUUCAACCUUUGGUAUCUGGCAUUGUGAUCUUCAGCUGACAGCAUCUGAAACUCUUUACUGAGCUGCAAACAGUCCGUCUUUACAACUGGACACUCCUCAAAACUGUUGGAAAACAAUGAUUAAAUAAAGAGAAUCAUCCUUGAGUUCACUUAAUUUUGAUGAAUAUUUUAUAAAAGAUUAAUUAGCAAACACUUUUUAAUUCUUUGAUUUUUUUAUGUUAUUGUGAUAGUUUUCUAUUUCAACACAGUGACAUGACUCCUGUGAGGAACUUUUGGUUUGUGUUGGCUCUGGCCCUCCCCGAGUGAUACAGCCUAUCUCUUGUCCAUCCCAUUUUCCAUUAAAAGAUAAAAUAUAUCACUCUCUUUAUUUAUAUUUGACAUUUUCUUCUUCAGUCUGCUGUCCCCCCAUGGCAAAUUUCCAGCAUUUAAAAAUAACAACAGAGGAAUUAUCAGUCUGCACUUAUUGCUGGUGGUCUUGUUUGCUUAAUGUCUCAAGGAAGCGUUAGUAUCAGUCACAGUCUGUUUCUAAACCAUUUAAAAACUCUUGACAGUGCCUCAAAGGGUUUUAUAGUGGAGUACAGUCUGUGCCUCGGGGAAUCCUUUAAACAGCAGCUCAAAGACAAAACAAGAAUAGUUCUUGUGUACUACUCUGUAAACUGGCACAUUUUCUAGUUACAUUUACAGCAAGGUUUAGAGACAUAGUGACCUUCCAAUAUGAGUUCAAAGGCGUGGUAAGGUAAUGAGGUCUGUAUGCUUGUGCUUCAAUCACCUUUCAGCUCACCGUUAGUGGUUUGAAACAGGAACAUUUUACUAUUUAAUGUAAAAAAAAUUUAAUUAAUCAUGUUAUUCUCUUAAAUGUCUCAUAACCGACCUACUUUCUUACAUCGCUAUGUGUUAAAUGUUCUGAGAAAGCAUUUGAUCAACGAGCUUUUCAUCAUCUACCACAGCAGAAAUAAUCCAUUAAGCAGUAUGGACACCACAAAGAGCUGCAGAGUAAUUCAUUUUCUUAGAAGCAUUUCUUGCUCUAAGUCAGCCUUUAAAAUUUUGCUUUAUUGCCAAUUCUAUAUUUAAUACUGUAUUACUGGCAAUCUCACUAAAGGUGACAGGCUCUGGAUUGAUAUCUGAGUCAAUAUAUCGUCAGGUUGGAAGACAGUGAGCUUAAUUUUGCUUUGUUCAUGCAGUCCUUAAUGCACAUGGUCAAACCUCUAUAAAUACUGUACUUCUCUUAAAUCUGUGACUAAUGUUUUAAAAGGCUUCAGUGUAACAUGUAUUUACAUAUUCAACGUGAAGUCUGUCAGAUGAUUAACCUAAAUAUCUCAGUCAGAGCCUCUUUAUUGCACCGGGAAAAUCAUUUUUUCACACUCAGACUUGCGUAAGAGAAAGGGACCUUCCAGUUCUUGGUUAGCGUGCUAGUUCAUUCAGUGUGUUGUCCACUGAUCAGCACUCACUGAGUACUCUGUGGUUGUGUGCGUGUGCGUGUGUGUCAGAGUCUGAGGAUGAAGAUUGCCGUGCUGGGAGCCACUGGGCAGACCGGACAGUAUCUGGUCAGUCAGGCGUUGCAGCAGGGUCACACAGUCACCGCCAUUGUUAGGAACCCUGCAAAGCUCACCGUGCAUCAUGACAAACUCAAGGUAAAAAAAACAGCUCAAUGAUGGUGUUAAGUUAUGUCUAUGCUUAUUUUAUGAUGUGUUCAAUGUCCAGUCAGUGAGAUGGUUUGGUGAUUCAUUUUUUAUUGAACCCAAAUGAAGGUAAAGUUUUAACCAGUUGAUGUGUUUCUGAACAGAAGAUACUUUUUUGUGCUGUAUGAAUUAUCGCUUCACCACAAGCUAAAUGUUUUGAUGCCGCUUUGAUUCAAUCCCACGUUUCACUCUGUCUAUGCACAACUGAAAACAGAGCCCCACAAAUGUUUUUCUUUUUGGUUAACAUUUGCAGAAAAAGUUGAGAAGUACUUCCACUGAUAUUGAAGGUGUUGUGUUACAAAAUGUAGAUUACGUGCACCAGAAAUUUGUAAAAAUAAAAAUAAAAAUAAUAAGUUAAUUUUCUUUAGGAAAUGUUACUUAUAUUGUUGGCUAAAUCAAAGUGGUAAUUUUUAUUAUACAAACACCAUUGAAAGCACCAAAUAUUUGUGUAUAAGUGCAAGUAAAAAGGUACUUUGAGGAUUUUUGGGGACCAUAGCAAGAAUGAGUAAUUGUUUAAAUAGACUUUUAAUGAGAAAUCUUGAGUAUACACAACACACAACUAGAAAGAAAAUGGGAAAAUGAAUUGGAAUCUAGGCUACAUGGCUUCUGUUAGUUCGUUACUUAUUUAGUUAGUCAGUUAAAUACUUUAUCGUCAGAAUCUCUUCUGAAAAUUUUCUUGCACCCAAGGCACUUGUUUUUUUUAACAAGAAAGAAAGCAUUACAACAUAUAUCACAAUAUAGCAUCAAACAAACAUCAGACAAAGUGUUUCAUCAAACAAUAGCAACAACUGUAAAAUAUAACAGAACAUAACGCAAGACAAUCAUUAGACAUAUAACGUGCUUAAUACAUAACAUCAAAGUUAUUGCAGUGCCUCCAAGUCCCUUCUCUGGCAGCGAUUUAUUGCCCUGAAAAGAGUAACUAAUUUAACCUUUUAACAGACUGAGGAAUGAAAGGGGUCCUCAGUCUUUUUAAUCUCUCAUUAAUCUAGCCGUAGGGACUCUAUAUCUCCUGUUAGUUGGCAGCAACUGGUACUCUUAAAAUAAAACGUGGGUCUGAUCAGACAAAAUAUUGUCUACCAGGGACAGCAUUUGUCUUUAUUAUGCAGCUCUGAAAACUGUUUGAAAACUGUGUUAACUCUUACUGUUAUAAAUCUUAAUAAUUCAAAUUCAGUUUUGGUGCCUGGAUUAUUUCAAGAAAAUUACUGAAUUAGAACUUUCACCUCAGGAUUUUUCAGGUUCUCUCUCUGUCUUAUUUCUGCAGGUAGUGGAGGCUGAUAUUUUCUCUGCAGACAGCCUGAAGCCUCACUUCAAAGGUCAGGAUGUGAUCAUGUCCUGCCUUGGCUUCCCGAUCUCCUACUUCUCUGUAGUGACGGGAUACACCCAGUCCAUGAGCAGCAUUAGCCACGCCAUGAGAGACGCCCGGGUCAACAGGCUCAUCACCAUGACCUCGUGGUACACUGACCGUAAGUGCUUUACACGGGAGGAAAUCAGAAAUAACCAACCAAACUGAUUCCAUACCCUCUUUAAAGUCCCACUCCGAUCCUUUUUUUUUACUACCUAAAGCGUUCUCAGUGGUCUUUAAAUUGUGAUUAUGUAGUUUUUAGCUAAAAUCACAUUACCUGUGUCAUUUUCAAGGACUUUUCUUCUGCAGAGCUCCAGUAGCUCAUUAGCAAUUCACCUCUGAGUUGUGGGCGGAGACAGCGCUGCUCUGCACACUCGUCUUCACGUUAGUUUGAAGUCUAACAUUGCCGGUGUUGUAGACAUGGCAGGUAACAUAGGAGCUAUUCAGCUCUUGGACACUAAUGUCUUUAGGGACACGAUGAAAGCUAAUAUCAUAAUUAGCUUUGUUACGAGCAUUGCAAUCCACUAAUGCACACGCUUGUUCCGCGAUCGUCCUCUGUAUUUCUCCUCUAUAUGCAGAGUGUGGCCUGCAAAGUGGGGCUCCGGGGGCGGAGCUUGGAUUGGUUAUGUAUAAAAUCUCACUGUUUCUGAUCCUGCUGUUUGGGUCUGACAGAGAUUCACAGCAAUUUGAAUGAAGUAAUACUAUAAUAUGUCCGUUAGCUUCAGAAAAAUGCCACAUGAACAUGUAGACGACAAGAAAAACAUGACUUUCAUCGAAGUGGGUCUUUAACUUAUGUGUGCAUAAAUACGUAUUUACUCUUUAACCUUCUCAUUAUUGCUUUAUAGAUACUUUUAUAAACUGAAGGUUUUUCACUGGGAAGCCUAAUAAUGUACUCAUUUCAAGCAGAAAGCUCUAAGAUUACAUAAUUUUAUUUGUAACAAGUUGUAUCAGCUGAUUUGUUUUCAUUGUAGAGUUAAAGGGCAGCUGUGUCAGUAGUUUCUUUCUCUAAAGAAAGUUGUGCAACCCACUAAAAUCCUCCUGUUGAUUUAUUUGAGUCACUUAUUUAUCAGAGACCAAGUCAGUCAUUCUUUAAUUUUUGGCAAUUUAAAACUGACUCUGUGUGCUCAAGUGAGGCCAGUUGAGAAGCCAAAAGAGGCUCAGCCUUUCUGUACAGUGAUGAAUCCUUCCAUCCUGAAAUCAGAUGUGAGCAAAUGACCUCGACAGUCAUUUUGAGCGCUUUAUAAAUGUGCUCUGUAAAAUGUAAAGAUUACAAGCUGAUCAUUGAGAAUAUUAAACAGUAAAAGACAAACACUCACCAGCGUUCAUGUGAAUUUUAGGCUAUCAUCUUAGUGCUUAAUAAGCGUUUUAUAUCCUGUUGUUUUCAUGGUUAUUAGAAAAUUUAGCUGACAUUCAAGGAUCGUUAUCUGAAUUUUAUUUCUUUUUAACAUCCAUGGAGAAAAAUUAAGAGGUUUCUUUGUGUCCUCCUCUUUUCCUGAUAGCAAACUCUGGAUCAAAGUCGUCUUAUCUCAUCCGCUUCCUCCUGCUGCCCAUGAUCAGAAGCGUUCUUGCCAACAUGUACGAGAUGGAGCAGUCUCUGCAGAAGACUGAUGACAUUAACUGGACUGUGGUUCGCCCGCCCGGUCUCAAGAGCCUGUCUGCCUCAGGUAAAAAGAGAAACGCAUGAGUCAAAUAAACCGUAGAAAAGACUGACCAUCGGGCUCAUGUUGCCUCUGGACCCGUUUUGACACGGUUCAGGUUGAUUAGCAUGUGCUCUCAUUACUUCAUCCGAAGAAUGAAUGAGCCUAUUUUUAGUGAAUGUCACUUAUUUCUCAGAGGGUUUCAGUAUGCGCCUGUAUGACAUGGACAAAGAAAAUGCCUUUUAAUGCCUUUGACUCUCUCUCUCUCUCUCUCUUUCGCUCUCUCUCUCUCUGUGCUCCCGACAGCUCAAGAGUUCCUGACACACGAAGGUUACUUUGUGCCUGACAGUAGUGGUAACCCGUCAGGUAGCGCUAUGGCAAGAGGAGAUGUGGCUCGCUUCAUGCUCUCCCUGCUCAACAGCAACGCCUGGGUGAAGAAGGGAGUCGCCAUCGUCACAAAAUAAGAAAGAAGAAGAGGUAAAGGGCUAGUUCACUUUACAAAAACACUACAUUUUCUCACCAAGCUGGUGGUAUUUACACAUGAGGAUGUUUAACUCUGGUUUUACAAACAGGUUAUCUAUUUUUUAUUUUUUUUUUUUUUAUUUAAGAUUAACCAAAAAUAUCUCUGAAAGUUACAAACUUUUCAGCAUCUCUCAGUUCACAAUUUUAAAUGUACCGUCUGAAGAAAAGGAUGAAAUAACUGCCUUAUGUGUGCUUGUCUGUCUAAUGAAUGUCUUUGAAUUCACUCUUAAUUUACAUGUUUGUGUUUUUAUAAGCUUGAAACCUUAAUCCAUGAAAAUCUAGCUGUCUGUGUACAAUGCUAUUUCAUGUGAUUGUAAUACUUACCUUUUGCCACAUGGUGGCAGUGUUGUGCCAUGUCUGAUUGCAGUUAUAAAAAUUCAACUGUGACUAACUUUAAUCGAAGAGUUAAUAAGGAAUAAAAAAUAAAUAUAUGUUGCACUUUAUUUUCAUUUGAGUUUUUUGUUUUCCAUUGUGUUUCCUAUCAGUUCUGUGAAAUAAAAAUACAACAAACAUACGAAAUGCAAAA